CUCGCAGUUGAGCGCGGUUGGUUUGGGGCGGUGGUCGCUGGCCAUGGGGCGAGGGGCGGCAGCUGGGGCCCUGCUGGUGGCACUGGUGGCGCUGGGAGCGCCCCCGGCUGCGGGCGCGGAGCUCUCGGGGGUGUUCCAGUUCCUGGGAACGUCCGAGUGUCACUUCAUUAACGGCACGGAGAAGGUGAGGUACGUGCAGAGGUACAUCUACAACCGGCAGCAGUUCCUGAUGUUCGACAGCGACGUGGGGCACUUUGUGGGGUUCACCCCCUUUGGGGAGAUGAAUGCCAAGCGCUUGAACAGCGACCCGGAAUGGAUGGAGUACAGACGGACUCAGGUGGACACGUACUGCCGGUACAACUACGAGGGGUUCCGCCCGUUCAGCGUGGAGCGCCGAGUGCCCCCCAGCGUGUCCAUCUCGCUGGUGCCCCCCUCGAGCUCCCAGCCCGGCCCCGGCCGCCUGCUCUGCUCCGUGAUGGAUUUCUACCCCGCUGCCAUCCAGGUGAGGUGGUUCCAGGGCCAGCAGGAGCUCUCGGAGCACGUGGUGGCCACCGACGUGGUCCCCAACGGGGACUGGACCUACCAGCUGCUGGUGCUGCUGGAAACGCCGCCCCGGCGCGGGCUGAGCUACAGCUGCCAGGUGGAGCACGUCAGCCUGGAGCAGCCCCUGAGGCGGCACUGGGAGAUGCCGCCGGACGCCGCCCGCAGCAAGAUGCUGACGGGCAUCGGGGGCUUCGUCUUGGGCUUGGUCUUCCUGGCGCUGGGGCUCGGCUUCUACGUGCGCAAGAAGAGCUCCUGAGCCGCCGGCGGCCGCAGCCCCUCCCCGCGGGCUCGGGCCCGGCCGGGACCGCCCGCUCCGUGCCCGCUCCGCUGAUUUUGGGGGGUCCCGUGUGCCCCCCAGCGCCGCUGGCGCUCUGCCCCCGCCCAGUGCCUGCUCCCAGUGCUCCCAAUAAAGCUUCCCAGCUGGGCCCG